GGUUUCUUCUUUCUACAGAUAGGCGUUUCUAAUUUGGUGCUGGGUCGGUUGCUUUUUUGGUUUCUUCUUUCUGCGGGUAUACCCUUUACGACUUCGUGUUUCGUUGGUUGUGCUUACCAUGGCUACUGAUCCUUCUGUUUCUAGUUUUUUGUCGAUUUCGACUUCUACUGAUGGCGUGGGUACUCACCUUCUUCUUCUUUGUCUGAGUUUUUUUGAUGUUUUCUACCUUCCCCGUAAUGCAGAUGGAAAGUUUGUUGUGAAAGGUGUUUCACGCCAUGUGGAGAGGGAUCCUGUGAUUCCUUCUAUUCCUACAGAGGUUCCUUUGGUUUCUUCUUCAAAUGGUGGAAAAGCUGUUAUCCCUCUAGGCUCAGCAAAGGUGUUCUGUGAUCUUGAUAAGGUGUCUUGGGUUACCAGUAGUUGUGAUGUGGAUGAGAUUAAGGAGAUUUAUAAAAAGAACUUGAUAGAUCCGUAGGUUUUUCCUCCUCAACAUCUCGUGCAUCGCGUAGCGUUCCAAUGCCUUCCUCCUGAUAUGUGUGUCUACAAAGAUCAAUUUGCAUGUGGGUUGCGUUUUCCUUUGCAUCCCCUUUUUCUUGAAAUUUGUGAUGAAUUCUCUAUUAGCCUUCCCCAAUUGGCUCCUCAUGCUAUUGCUUAUAUUGUUGCCUUUAUUGUGAGAUGUUUCCUUAUAUUCUGAAAUUUACAUUGACCUCUGUAGCACAUCUUGCAUAGCUUUUGUCAGGGUACACCAAAAACUUGCUCACCGCUUUUGCUUGUGUAACUUCUGCUUAGGUAUUUAUGUACACCCAAACUUGCCCAUAACUUUUGCUUGUGUAACUUCUGCUUGGGUAUUUAAUGUACACCCAAACUUGCUCACAGCUUUUCCUUGUGUAACUUCUGCUUAGGUAUUUAUGUACACCUAAACUUGCUCACAACUUUCCUUGUGUCACUUCUGCUCACAGCUUUCCUUGUGUAACUUCUGCUUGAGUAUUUAAUGUACACCCAAACUUGCUCACAGCUUUUUGCUUGUGUAACUUUUGCUUGGGUAACUUUUGCUUGGGUAUUUAAUGUACACCCAAACUUGCUCACAGCUUUUGCUUGCGUAACUUUUGUUUGGAUAUUUAUGUACAUUCAAACUUGCUCGCAGCUCUUUCCUUCGCUUGCGUUACUUUUGCUUGGAUAUUUACGUACAUCCAAACUUGCUCGUAGCUUUUGCUUUUUGCUUGGGUAUUUAUGUACACCUAAACUUGCUCAUAGCUUUUUGCUUGCAUAUUAUAUCAUCUUAAGAUUGUUUGCUACGCAGGUUCAGAGUAGAAACAAGCUAUAUAGAUUUUGCUAUCUUAAUUACUUUAGAGACAUGAGAAAAUUGUUAGUGCUUUCAAGAUCAUAAUUGAUAAAUUUAUGAAAAUAAUUAUUUAAAUAGUGU